ACGCAACUCCUCUCUGUCCUCGCGAGGAUCAGUGUCUCUGGAAGCAAGCACCCCGCCCUUGCCUCAGAAUGAUUCUUCACGCACGAACACUUUGGUCGUCACCCAGAUGCCGCGCGCUUUCUUUGAGCCCGCCGUCCUAUACGCUUUGCGACAGUAUUUCGACGGCUUCGGCGAGAUUCAUACGUGGGCUCCGCUGAAGGCCUUCGGAAGGGUACUCGUCAUCUACUAUGAUGAAGAGGCCGUCGAACUUGCUAAAGAGAGCUCUGAUGGUCUCUUCAUCGACGCCGCAGACUUUCACCCUGGCGUGACGCUGCGCGUCUUUCGUGCUGACCCCACGCCCCUCGACCAGCUCGAUAAUCCUGAUCUUCUCCGUCCCCCACGACUCGAGAAGAACUUUCUUAUCUCCCCACCCGGCUCUCCCCCGGUGGGCUGGGAGCAGAUCCAGGAAGAUGCCCCGAACAGUUCUCCCCUCGCAGAUGACAUCAUUGCUGCGUUGAAGAAGCUACAGGUCGAGCGCGAGGAUAAGAGCAGCGCUGAGAUGCUGAUAGAACACGAGAAUGACGAGGGGAUCGCCAUAUUCGUCGAGGACUGUGACGCUGACGUUGGCGAUCAAACGGCUGAACAGCCCCCUGAAGAUGAUGAAACUGAGUGGAUUUAUGGCCAAACUCGCCGACAGUUCAAGCCGGCACCUGCGGCGCUACCACCUCCUACCGCUAUGCCACCACUCCCGGCCCAUGCAUAAGACUGUUUGUCUUCUCAUCGCUCGUCUCCAACUGUCAUCGCCACAUGAAUGUUUCCCACUCCCCGGACCUAGGAUUAAUACUAUUCUUCGGACUCGAUCGCCAUCGGAAGGACUCUAUGCACACUCAUACCCUACCUGUACCACUAUGCUAUGUAUGAUAUAGACUGGAACUUGC